AUGCUAGAAACCAGUCGUGGCAGUACGUUUGUGAACAAAAUAUCCAAUACUAAUGACAAAUCUCGCUGGGCACAAAGCUAUCAAGUUUCCGAUUGUAGCAGAUGUGGCAACAGACCACACAAGCCAGAAGAGAACUGUCCAGCCAAGAACGUCAAGUGUCACAACUGCGAUGCCAUUGGUCAUUUCGCGAAAAAGUGUCGCGGAAGGAUUGAUAAGUCUGGUCCGGAAAAGCGCAAGUCUACAGACUACCAAGAUCAUCGCCGUUUCAAGAAGCCCAAAAUCAACGCUGUCAGCGCCAAUCAGUUGCCUGAAUCACGUGCUGUGAAACCUGAAGCUCAUCCGCAGGACUCCUUCAUAUAUGCAAUCAGCGAUAACCACGACGAGUUGGUUUGGUGUAAGGUCGGUGGCGUGCUCAUCGAAAUGAUGAUCGACUCAGGUAGCAAAUACAACAUUGUUGAUGAAUCAACGUGGCAAUAUAUCCGGAACAAAAAUGCUUUCCUGAAGAAUGUGCGUCCGUCAUCCAAACAGCUAUCGGCUUACGCGCAACGUGAAUCCUUGAGUAUCAUCUGUACAUUCGAUGCCGAAAUAACGGUUGUCGAGGGUAAUGGCCUCAGUGUUGACACUACAUUUUAUGUUGUAAAAGGUGAACAGAACUUGCUAGGAAGAGUUACAUCGAAGCAGUUGGGAGUGUUGUUGAUCGGCCUACCUAGCGCCGUGAGUCCGGAGGAGAUUCAGCACAUUUCAGAUAACGCUAUUGAUAAGUUCCCUGUAAUUAAAGGCGUCAAAAUACGUAUUAACAUUGAUGAAACUGUCAACCCCGUGGCCCAACAUGUUCGCCGAGUCCCAAUAGCUCUUCGUCAACAAGUCGAAGAUCAACUCAAUAGGCUAUUAAAAUUGGGUAUUAUCGAAAAAGUUAAUGGUCCUAGUCCGUGGGUGUCACCUGUUGUAAUAGUCAUAAAAGACAACGGUGACGUGCGGCUGUGCAUCGACAUGCGUCGUGUUAACACUGCGAUCCGGAGAGAGUAUCAUAUGAUACCUACUCUUGAUGAUCUUCUUGCAAGGUUAAAUGGAUCCAUGUGGUUUUCCCGGCUUGACAUCAAAGAUGCGUAUCACCAAGUGGAAUUGCAUGAGUCAAGUCGACACAUCACGACAUUCAUUACGCACCUCGGGAUGUUCCGAUACACAAGGUUAAUGUUCGGAAUCUGCAGCGCGUCCGAACACUUUCAAAGGAUAAUCGAACAGUUAUUGAGCGACUGUCCCAACUCCUUCAACUUUCAAGAUGACAUCUUUAUUUAUGGGAAAACGAAAGCUGAACACGAUGCCGCCUUGCAGCGCGUUCUACAUACCCUGGAAGCCCACAACGUGGUACUAAAUACGAAGAAGUGCAAAUUCAAGGUAUCGGAGACGGAAUUUCUAGGGCACGAUAUCUCCCAACACGGCGUUAAACCAACGGAAGAUAAAAUAAUGGCCGUGCAGCAGUUCAGGUCACCCAGAUCUGCGGAGGAGGUACGCAGUUUUCUUGGUCUUGUUGGCUACGUAGGAAGGUUCAUCCCCGAUUUGGCUACCAAGACAUUCCAUCUUCGACAGCUGACUGUUACCGGACAGAAAUUCGACUGGUCGUCGAAGCACGAUAUUGCGUUCCAAAAUCUCAAGCAGGCAGUAUGCUCCGCUCCAGUACUAGGAUUUUUCGAUAAUAACCGACGAACUAGAGUAGUCGCAGAUGCGUCACCAGUGGGUUUAGGAGCAGUCCUACUGCAGUUUGAAGAUGAAUGCGAUGAUAAGCCGAUCGUCAUUUCGUAUGCUAGCAAGAGCCUAUCUCCCACAGAGCGCAGAUAUUGUCAAACCGAGAAGGAAGCCCUCGCCAUAGUGUGGAGCGUCGAGAAGUUUAAAUUGUUCCUGCUCGGCAGGGACUUCGAACUCGAAACUGACCACCGUCCUUUAACAGCGAUUUUCAAGCCAACCUCGCAGCCUCCAGGUCGCAUCGAAAGAUGGGUACUCAGAUUACAACCGUUCAAAUUCAAGAUUGUGUAUAAGCCCGGCAAGCUGAACGUUGCGGACCCGCUUUCUCGUUUAUCUCCAACAAAUGAUAAUGAAGACAUCGAUAAAUGCGACGACAAGAUCUACAUCAAUGCCAUUACGGAUUCAGUUGCUGUGGAUGUAUCAGAAAUCAAGAACGCAAUAGACGAGGACCCGGAAUUGCUUAUCGUUAAGGACGCUCUGUUGACAGGAGAUUGGGCGAAUGAAUCAGUCAGGGAUGGUGCCAAGAAGUAUACACCCUUCCAAAACGAGCUGGCUCUUCUUGAAGAUUACGUAAUCCGCGGGUGCAGAAUAGUUAUUCCUCAAAAUUUGCGUACAAGGAUGCUGCAGCUCGCACACGAAGGGCAUCCAGGAGAAACGUUGAUGAUAACGCGCCUGCGUGACAGAGUUUGGUGGCCUGGAAUGGACGAAGAUGCAAGAAAAACAGUUAAACACUGUGAAGGCUGCCGUUUGGUUAGUAGACCCUCUGCACCCGAGCCAAUGCGCCGUCGAGCUAUGCCAAAUGAGCCAUGGAUAGAUGUAGCAAUGGACUUUCUGGGCCCGUUACCGUCGAACGUAUAUCUCUUGGUGAUAGUGGAUUACUACAGCCGAUACAAGGAAGUGUGUAUCAUGAAGAGGAUCACAUCAGAAGAAACAAUCAAACAAAUCGAACCAAUCUUUGUGCGGUUAGGUUAUCCAAGAACGAUCACACUGGACAACGGUCGUCAGUUUAUCAGCACGGAAUUUGAGGACUAUUGUCGCACAAGAAACAUAACUCUCAACCAUACCGCUCCAUACUGGCCGCAGGCGAAUGGCGAAGUUGAGAGACAAAACAGCUCUCUGCUAAAACGACUCAAGAUCAGCCAUUCUUUAAACCGUGAUUGGGAAACGGAUUUGCUGCAGUAUUUAAUGAUGUAUAACACCACUGCACACUCAAUUACAGGAAAGGCCCCAUCGGUGCUAUUGCAAAAUCGUUUAAUUCGGUCCAAAAUUCCGACGAUUGGCGACAUAGAAACGGCGCCACCUGUUAGUUCCGAAGCCCAAGACAGAGAUACCGUUUUAAAACAUAGAGGGAAAGAAAGGGAAGAUAUCAGACGUCAUGCAAAGCCCUCAGAAGUUCAAGAAGGAGACAACGUUCUGUUGAAGAACCUUGUGUCGACAGGCAAACUUACUUCAACAUUUGGCAGAACAGAAUAUAACGUAGUUGAGAGGAAAGGAAACCGCGUUACAGUAUUUGAUCCCGUAUCCGGUGGCGUGCUUGAAAGAAACACGGCUCAUGUCAAGAAAAUACCCAAACAUCCUAACGAUGAAGGAACAUCAAGUGGCGUAUGCGAUGGAACAAACAGUCCUGUAGUCGGUCACGAUCUGGAACCAGUGCAAACAUCUCGUCCAUCCCGUUCGAUGUCUCGACCAACCUGGCAACGCGAUUAUGUUGUCAAUCAACCAUAAUCUGGAUAAAAAGGAAGAUGUGGUGAAUGAUUUACUGAUCCAAGCAA